CGCUACCAUUGAAUGAGAUUCUGAGAGGUUCAGUCCUUCAAUUUCAUUGGACAACGUCAUAUGAACGGGUGCAGCCAAUGAAAUUGCUGUAUGUCGUAUAAAUGAAGAAGCCGAGAAGGAAAGUAACAUUUGUUUGAUAUUUCACUAUAGUGACAUAAUGAGCGGAAGAGGUAAAACCGGUGGCAAAGCUCGGGCUAAGGCCAAGACUCGUUCUUCCAGGGCUGGCUUGCAGUUCCCUGUUGGCCGUGUCCACAGGCUGCUCCGCAAAGGUAACUACGCUGAGCGAGUUGGUGCUGGAGCUCCAGUCUAUUUGGCUGCUGUGCUCGAGUAUCUCACUGCUGAAAUCCUGGAGUUGGCUGGUAACGCUGCCCGCGACAACAAGAAGACGCGCAUCAUUCCUCGUCACCUGCAGCUUGCCGUUCGUAACGACGAAGAGCUGAACAAACUGCUGGGCGGUGUGACUAUCGCACAGGGCGGCGUGCUGCCUAACAUCCAGGCUGUGCUGCUGCCUAAGAAGACUGAGAAGCCGGCUAAGACCAAGUAAACUGUCUUGGACUUGCAUUGACCAUCAAACGGCUCUUUUAAGAGCCACCCAUGUCUUCCGCAAAAGGGCCAAAAUGUUAAAACUGCCAGUGCAUGCAUUAAUAAAACUUAAACGGCGGA